AGCGGAUCCGGCGCCGGGGCGGCCGCUGACGGAGGCUCCGUCGGAAUCGGUGCUCCGAGAAGAGGUCCGCAGAGCUUUUCCUGGCUGAGCCAUACUUGAAGUGACUGAACUUGGCAGGAGCCGAGGCUUAAAGCAGCACCAGAGCUGGGCUGGUUUCUUCCCAACUUGUCUGAGCAAGAGCAGGUGCUUUCGAGCAACGAGAGCUGCAGUGUGGCUGCGCCAUGGCAGCGGUGGUGGCAGAGAAGCUCAGCCGCCUCUUCAUCAACGUGCGCCAGGUCCCCCAGCUGCUGGCUCCCCCACUGCCCACCACUGUCAGCAGCUCUGAGGUGCCGAGGGUUUUCUGGAAGCCUUAUAUCCACACCGGCUAUCGCCCGGUGCACCAAACCUGGAGCUAUUACUUCUCCACGCUCUUCCAGCAACACAACGAAGCCAUCAAUGUGUGGACUCACCUGGUGGCAACACUGAUCCUGCUGCUGCGCUUCCAGCAGCUCUCCCAGAGGGUGGAUUUUGGGCAGGACCCGCACGCCCAGCCGCUCCUCAUCAUCAUCACGGCAUCCAUCACCUACCUGACGUUCAGCACGCUUGCUCACCUCCUGCAGGCCAAGUCUGAGUUCUGGCACUACAGCUUCUUCUUCAUGGACUAUGUAGGGGUGGCCAUCUACCAGUAUGGCAGUGCGUUGGUGCACUACUACUAUGCCAUCGAACCCAGCUGGCAUGAGAGAAUCCAGGGCUUUUUCAUGCCCACAGCUGCACUGCUGGCCUGGCUGUCAUGUGCAGGCUCAUGCUACGCCAAGUUCCACUUCCAUCAGUCAGCAUGGCUGCUGAGCCGGCUGUGCCAGGAAGUGCCCUCGGGCCUGGCCUACCUGCUGGACAUCAGCCCUGUUGUGCACCGCAUCUGCACCGCAUCGCCUGCGGAGCACACGGACCCGGCCCUGCUGUACCACAAGUGCCAGGUGCUGUUCUUCCUCAUCGGUGCCUUUUUUUUCUCCCAUCCUUACCCAGAGAAGUUGCUCCCUGGGAAAUGCUAUUUUUUUGGGCAGAGCCAUCAGAUUUUUCACGUCUUCCUGGUGCUUUGCACUCUGGCACAGAUCGAGGCCGUGGUGCUGGACUAUGAGUCCAGGCGGCACAUCUACUCUACGCUGCAGGGUGACCUGGCACACCACUUCUCUGCCCUGUGUGUCCUCACUGUGACGUGCUCUGUGCUCACAGCUGCAUACAUGGCACGGAAAGUGAAGGACAAGCUGAGCUUCAAAGAAGACUGAGAUUCAGGGCAUAGUGGGGGAUGCCAUGGCCAAAGCUGCAUGCUCUGAGAGGAAGGAAGUGCUUUGCAAACUGUCACUUGGCACUGCUCUCCCCAGGGAGGGAGAAUAAGAGCUGCUCUUCGUGCUUUUUAAUUCAGAAUUAAUCCCAUCUUAUUCGUGAAAUAGUUCACUGAUUUAAUUCCAAUAUCUGAAUAAACAGAUAAAACCACA